AUGACUCCACAGACUGAGAAUAGCUUCUUGCAUGAGAUUGAGCAAAAGACUCUCCAGGAUCCUUCAAACGCGGAAGUAAUCAAUGCUACGGCCUUUGAGCUUCAAGAUCAAGGUUUCCUUGCCAUACUCUCGCGACUUGCCGUUCAUCUUUGCAAAAGAAACAUCAACCUGAUUAAAGGCCGGGUCUUGGUUCAAACUAACCCUUCAGCUGCCUACAGCUACCAAGAGACCUUGGAUCAUGCUCGCCUGUACGCAUCUGAGUUUGAGAAGGCCGGGAUCCCAAAGACCAGAUACUGUGUCAAGAUCAUGGCUACAGGUCCUGGACUGAAGGCUGCCAAGAUCCUUCGGGAUGAGGGCAUUUCAACCUUGGGUACAGGCGUGUUCAGCGUGGUCCAGGCUGUGGCUUGUAGCCAAGCGGGUUGUUUGUAUAUCAGCCCGUAUUACAAUGCUUACCGUAUCAGUUUUCGCUCCUACAAAGAGGUUCUCGCCUCGGCCGAACUCGGCUGUCAUUCUGCAACCAUUUCCCAGGAUCUAUUGGGGGAGCUCAAGACUUUGGCACCUGGGGAAAUUUCACUGCCAGUAACUCCCAGGGUGGCCGCUAUGAAAAGCCCUUAUUCUGAUGAUGUACCUAUCCCGUCGCCCAGGCUAAGUGAGCUCCUUACUCGGGAUCUGCAUGAAGAGAAAGAAUGUUCGAUGAAGGGUCUGACAUUGGAUUUAUUGGCAGAUGGAGGAAAGGAAUUAGAGCAAGCUCUGGUCAAAGACUCGGAAGCCGCUCGUAUGGUUAAGGAGGCUUUGGAAAUGUUUAUCUACUGCGAGAAGGAGACCAAGAAGCUGAUCAAAGGUACAGCGGUAGUUGCAAGCCUAUAG